CGGGAAUCUGUAUAUUAGGGUUUUCGUAGCUUCUUUUAAUUUUCUCUCCCUGUGCCGUCUGAAGAGAAGAUAGACCAGACGAAAAUGGAGAAAGGCAAGGGAAGAAAGGAGGAGAUUGUUACCAGGGAGUACACUAUCAACCUCCACAGGCGCCUUCAUAGCUGCACAUUCAAGAAGAAGGCACCCAAUGCCAUCAAAGAGAUUAGGAAGUUUGCAUUGAAAGCAAUGGGAACAAAGGAUGUUAGAGUGGAUGUUAAACUCAACAAGCAGAUAUGGAGCAGGGGAAUCCGUGGUCCUCCCAGGAGAGUCAGAGUCCGUGUUACACGUAAGAGAAAUGAUGAUGAAGACGCCAAGGAGGAGUUUUACUCUCUUGUCACUGUCGCUGAGAUUCCUGCUGAAGGAUUGUCUGGUUUGGGCACCAAGGUCAUCGAUGAAGACGAGUGAAAAAUAUGGUAGAUUUAUUUACUCAUAAACCCUUGUCGUUGCAACUUUUUUUGUUUGUUAAAUCGUUAGAUGAAAGACAGAAGACUUUGCUUGUUUUUGAUCACUUACCUAUUUUGGUAAUUUAUAUCUUAUGUUAUAUGUUCCAGAGACGAGAACAGAUUCGAGUUUGAUCCUGUUAUUUUGCGAGUC